AUGAGAGCGCGCAGUAAAUGCGGUUGCCACACAUGCGAAAGUUCGAGGAAAUCGUGUGUGUUCGAGGUGACAAGUCGUGGGAAUAGCCAGGCAAAACCCGGUUUCAGGAUCCAGUAUGCAGGUCAUCCGCCUGUCACGUGCCUAAGCGCCACGGACAACGCAAUGCAGGUGCCAGCGACAGGUCCUUCGGGGAUCGAGGUACCGGGAAGUGGGCUUUUCAGCUGCACUGCAUCCAGAGCCAUGUGUGACAAAUAUUUAUUAACUGCCACAGCAGUCGGGCAUCGGCUUAGAGACUUGAUCUUGGCAUUAGGAGGGGGGCUAAUAAAAAAUUGA